UUGUGGUCAGCGGUGAAGCCGAUGUGUUGAUGGUUCGGUUCCACUUUGUUCGUCAUAUUAUUGUUGUUAUUUGUAUCUGCUCCAUCAGUUGUUUACUUGUGUUCAUGAAACUUCUUGUGUUGAAACACAAACUCACAUAUUUCCAACUUGUGUCUUUUCUCUUCAUCUUUUCUCUUCUGUUCUUUUUACAUCAGUCAGAGUCUCCGUCUGUGAACUGAUUGGUCGAGGAUAAUGUCAAGAGACGUCCUCGGGUGUGUCUCAGGUUACAGGUGUGUGAGUGUGUGUAAACAGUCAUCAGUGUGUGUUGUGUGAUGAGUUGUGCGCUGACAGGAAGGGUGUGUGUCGCUGAGGCCUUUUCAUCCUCAACCGGAGGAUUUAUCCGGAGGAAACUGCAAACACUCAUUUGAGCGUUUGAUGUUUCUGAGGCUGAGCGGCGACAUCGCAGUGAUCCGACCAAUCAGUGAGCGGCGUCCUGUCCGCACUGCUGUGACACACUGCUGCACACAAAUCCUCACAAAACAUCAAAUCUGUGUUUUUCACUCUGUUUUCUGACCCAUGAUGCACCAGUAAAGACCCAGGAUGCAGCGUGCUGGGGGGGGCUCUCUCUCCCAGGACCUGGCGUCCCAUCGCACACCUGGAAGGGGCGGAGCCUCGGCAGGUAAGAGCAGGUCCGAUGACGUCCUGAAACCAACCCGAUCCGAUGUGAGUGUGUCCAGAUCACAUGAUGAGCUACACCUUCUCUCGUCCAAUCACAGAGCAGCAUUCCUCUCACCUGAGCUUCAGUCUGUCUCCCCCUGCUGGACUCAGUGAGGACGUCUCUCAACCCUCGGAUGCUCGGCCCUUCUUGGUCUUCCCCUCCAGGAUGGACGCCGCCGGCCUCGGCCUCUACCGAGGUCCCCUGAGGGGCCCCGGGCUCCUGCCCUACCUGCCCCCCCCCUUCCACCACCACGGACACUUCAGCGUGUUCGAGUGUCCCUUCGAGCCGGCGUUCAUCCAGAAACGCAACGAACGCGAGCGUCAGAGGGUAAAGUGCGUGAACCAGGGUUACGCCAAACUGAGGGACCACCUGCCGGGUCCGAGCGCCGACAAACGCCUCAGCAAGGUGGAGACUCUGCGCGCCGCCAUCAGGUACAUCCAGUACCUGCAGGGCCUGGUGGCUCUGGGAGACGGGGGGGGCCACACCGGGGACCGGGCCCCCAACACUUCAGCCCCUGGACCCGACUGAGGGGGUCACACGCUGCUGUCGUCUGCUCGGUUCAACAAGCAUCAUAGAUCCAGAACCACAGGAUCAGAACCAGACCAGGGAACAGGAACCAGAACAGAACCAGAUCUGAAUCCGACGUGAACCAGAACCUGAACAGAUCAUGAAAGAAAAACCAGGACGAGACCAGAACCAGCUUUUCAGAAGAGGAAUCAGAUUCCUGAUCCGGUCAAGUGCUGAAACACUCCUGCAGUCACACUCACUUGCAGGGGGCGCUGUUUGACUGCAGGACUAACAGUAGAGCUCCCCCUGCUGGACAAACUAAUAUCUGAGGAGAAAAAACUGUUGAAUAUUUUCUGACAAAUUUACAGAUUUUUCAACGAUUCAAAAUAAAA